GAGCCUGAAACAAAUAUGGAUAACGAUGAGACAGAACAGACGUCGAAGAAACUGAACGUACGCUUUACAGACCGGGACCGUGUUUGUUUGGAGUCAACCGGCUCAAAUAUCAGCUUCCUCACCCUCAGUCACAGGACAUCGGUAGCCGACUGCCCGGCUUGCUAGCCCGCAGUCCUCCCCCCUCCUCCCCCCUCUCUCUCUCUCUCGCUCCCCCAAAAAAAAAAAAAAAAAAAACCUCCGCUCCUAAAAUCUCUAUGUGUGUUUUUAAAAAAAAAUACGAAAGCUAGCUACCUACCAAACGGACCUAACAGAGCGUAUUUUUCCUUCUCUUUCAUUUAAGUAAAAAAAAAAAAAAAAAAAAGUAUGACCUGCUAGUCCUCUGCUGCAGUUUCUGACCGCUGGGCUCGAACAGCUAGCAUCCAUCCGGAGUCGGAUGGUGCUCGCCCGCCUCGCUUCCACCCCCCUCCCCACCGCAACCACAGCAUCCCGGGCUGGGACGAGGGAGCCUCCGCGCCGCUGCACCGGAAUGCUACCCGAUGAGGAAGUCGUCGGCUUCCCUUCACUAACAUGACGAGGAACAAACCACCGACGGCUUUCAGGCGCUACACGGACAUUUUUUAAAAAACAAAAACAAAAACAAAAAAAAACAAGACGCCAAAUGUGAUGACCGCACCGAGCUCGCAACCAUGUACGUGGCUGGCCGUGUUUGUCUCCAGCCUUGCGGAUGACACUCGCACGGGUACCGGGCGGAUCCGGGUAGUGCUGUGAGAGACUUUGAGCUUAGGAGGGUACAAACAAAACAAACAAAACAACAACAACAAAAAAAACAAAACAGCACAAUAAUAUAUAAUAAUAUUUAAGAACCCUUAAAAAAAAAAAAACAAAAACAAAUGCCAACACAAAUGGUAUCCCAUAAGGUGUUAGUCGCAAUAAUCUUAUUAAAUGUGUAUAUAGGUGUACAGUCUGUUUUUUACUUUUUCGGCGGGGUCCUUUUAACCGGUUUGUUUGCUAUGGCAUUUUUAAAUGGACCCAGAUUGCUGGACUGGGCGAAUUCACCUCCACAUCUUCAGUUCAAUAAGUACGUCCUGACGGGAUACCGGCCAAUCUCCUCGAUGCAAGACUGCAUCAGAAGCCUGUUUUACCUGCACAAUGAACUUGGGAACAUAUACACUCACGGCAUCCCUUUGGUUUGCUUCCUGGUGCUGCUGCCUCUCAACAUUCCCUGGUCUCAGAUCAGCGUCACGUGGUUGGGCGUGGUCCACUUCCUGGCUUGCCUGUCGCCCCAGCUGGGCUCCGUGCUCUAUCACCUCUUCAUGAACCACGAGGGAGGCGAGCCCGUCUACCACACCCUCCUCAAACUCGACGUGUGUGGAAUCUGCAUGAUCAACACACUGGGGGCGCUGCCCAUUGUCUACAGCACACUGCUGUGCUACCCGUUCAUCCGCACUGUGGCCCUGUUAGUCUACAUCCUGCUGUCCAGCCACGCUAUCUACUGCGCCGUCACAGCUCGGAGCAGCGUUCGCCGCCUGCGAUCCUUCGCCUGGCAGGCGCUGUUCCGCUUUUCUUUCUUCCUGCUGCGCUGGGCGGGCGUGGGCGGCGGCAGUCCCACCUCGCUACGCCACUUCCUCACGAUGGACGCGCUGGCUGUGCUUGGCGGGGUCAUCAACAUCGCACGCAUCCCAGAGCGCUUCCGCCCGGGCCUCUUUGACUACUGGUGCAACAGCCACCAGAUCAUGCAUGUACUGGUGGUGGGCUCCAUCCUUUACCUGCACUGGGGUGUGCUGGAUGACCUGCUGUGGAUCAACAGCUACAACUGUCCCUCAGACUGACCCCUCCUGCAGCCCCCACCCCCUCACAAGGAACACUGGGAUGUAAGGAUAAAGGACCUCGGGGGGGGAGGGGGUAUC